GAUCUCGCCGGAACUAUCAUUACUGCGCCAGAGGGUUCCUCAUAUGUAGCUGGAGAUCAAGGCUACGCUCGCCCAAACUAUGUUCGGCCGUGCUGCGCUCGUGACUACACCAUUGCAGUGACCUCUGAGCUUGCUCAUAGACCGAACAAUCUAAGCUGGGCAGAAUCUACAACCAUGGCUGUGUCGGCACUUACAGCAUGGCAAGCCUUGUUCUUUCAGGGUGGACCGGGUGGUCCUGAAAAUACCGCAAACCAAUGGAAGAGAAUCUUCUUCAUCACAGCUGCAUCAGGUGGUGUUGGGUUAUGGCUCGUCCAGCUUGCUGGAAUUGCAGGCCUUCACACCUGUGCAUCCUGCGGAUCGGAGAAUGAACAAUAUAGAAGGAUGUUAAGACAUUUUCUCUACCAUGGAGCCGAACGGUGGACAGCUGUCAAAGAUAGCAGCACCUUUAAGCUGGAAGAAUUUGAACAAGCGUUUGCAAAAGUUGAUACUAGACGGGCUAGAGGUAAAGUUGUCCUCGGUGUGAAUUAA